AUGCGAGAUCACAACAUUGCAGUCGAAACUCCCAAGAUGCAGUUGUAUUCACUAUUCACCAUCAUCGGAAUCUUAGAAGGCAUCAAACAAUACAUCCGGUUUACGAUGAUGUAUGAUGUAAAUGAGACUCUGAGCAAUGGAUGUGAAAGAAUGAAAUGCAGUAAUGAUCCAAUAAAGCUAAAGAGGAUUGAAAUGGUGUUCUAUGGGAAGUCAACAAAUGAGAAUGAGAUAGAAGCGGAGAAGUUUACAACUUUGGUGAUACAAGCGUGUGGAGGAAAUUAUAUGGGUGAAACAAGGUUUGAGAAGAAAGUUAUAAUCCAAAUGAGAACCGCAUCCCUCAUCACAAAAUCACACCACCACCGUGAUAGUCGCCACCUCUAGAAACCUCUCUCUCUCUCUCUCUCCUUGAAACUCUGAACAAGAUAGCCGAAAAGAAUACUAUGAUUUGUGGCCAUAUAGCUAGCCAAACAUCUAGAUAAGAAAAAUUCUCAAACUAUAUGGAUUUGGCUUCUUUGCGGACAAAAAUGUUGAAUUGGAAGAAUCGAGGGAACUUGUUACUAAACAAAAAGAGAAAAACGAAGAACUAAAGGAAAUAAUGAAGGCCAAAGAUGAAUAACAUAACACAAGAAUCGAGCAGCUUGAAUGAUAACUACAAUCGGCAAUGACUGUUAUUAACGCUUUUAAAGAACUCUAAAAGUAGUUAUAGAUCAUAAAGUGUAGGCUUGUUUCUAGCAAAAUAUUUAUUUUAAAUUAGGUU